CCGUGUUCUUGAUGUCUUGUGGUUUUCUUCCUGUUUAUAAUUUUCAUGAAAAAUAACGGAAAAUGCCGCAUAACUGUAACUCUUUGUGUUAGCAUUAUUUAAAGAUUUAUGAUAUCACGAAUAUUAUGUGCUGAACUGUUCGUAUCUGUGUAUUAUGUGUUGUAAAUUAAUCAAGACCAGGAUGAAACAUACUUUUGCAUUGUAGUAAUUAAUUAAAACGCCAGCCAGGAUGGAGCAUGCAGAUUUGGUGGCCGAGAUGGCCCAGGUGGAGCAUCUAACCACUCAGGAAAGGCUUCACCUGGCUAGAAGACGCCGCAUGCAGCAGCUAAAAUUAUGGCAGCAAAGGGAAAAGGAGUGGGCGCGGACGAGAGCGAAGCGAGAAAAAAGCAACAAGCGUGGCAUAUAUUUUAACGAUAGCGUCAUGUUGCUCGAAGCUGCCGCGAGGAAUGACAUCGACGAAGUUCGGAGAUUGCUGGCACGCGGCGUUACGCCAGACGCAACGAACGAAGACGGCCUAACCGCUCUGCACCAAUGCUGCAUAGACAAUAACGAAGCUAUGAUGAGACUCCUAUUGGACCACGGUGCGAACGUUAACGCGGAGGACAGCGAGAAAUGGACACCCCUACACGCGGCAGCCACCUGCGGAAACCUCAACUUAGUUAGAGUACUAAUACAACGUGGAGCCAACCUCCUCGCUGUCAACGGCGAUGGGAAUAUGCCAUACGACAUCUGCGAAGAGGAAAGAACAUUAGAUGCGAUAGAAAGCGAAAUGGCAGCAAGGGGCGUUACACAAAGGUUGAUAGACGAAACGAGGGCAGCUACCGAAAUGCAGAUGCUGAUGGACGUGGCGGAAUUAGUGAAGGCGGGAAUGGAUUUGGAUGAGAAGAGGGACAACCAGGGUGCAACGUUGUUACAUGUAGCGGCCGCAAACGGGUACAUAAAAGUGGUAGAGUUCCUCUUGGAGCAUCGUGCUUCGACCGACGUUGUAGACCACGACAUGUGGCAGCCAGUCCACGCAGCCGCUUGCUGGGGCCAUUUAGAAGUGUUGGAGCUGUUAGUGCAAUAUGGCGCUGAUCUCAAUGUAAGGAAUAAGCACGAUGAAACGCCAGCAGAUAUAUGUGAGGAGGGUGAGAUGCGCGGGCGCAUCUUGCGGUUGGCGGUUGAGCAGGAAGAGGUUCGACGUCGCGCCGCCAACGCGGCCGGGGAACGAUUGCGGGCUGCGAGGAGAUCCUCCUCAACAGCUUCUACAAGCAGAGUGCGGUCCGUGCGGCGAACUUCGUUGCGUGAGAAGCAGUUGGCAGCAAAGGCUGAUGCGAGGGGCGAAGCGAGACUUCGGGAGACCUUCGACUCCGCCGUCGAUGAUGAAUAUCAGGGGCUAACGAAUGGUGUCGAAAAUGAUCAGAACACAUCAAACGUACCUGCAGAUUUGUCUCAUACGAGGUUAUCGAUCAGCUCGACAACAUCCAACCAGAGUUAUGACUCCGGAAACGUAGACUACGCUUUACCCAAACAUUCCUACAAUCAAAAGGGCUCAUUGAAAACGAAUGAAGCCAUCGACUCAAACGAUAACUUGACCUACAAUCAACCGAAGAUCUCAAACCCACUGUUUGGCGUAAACGCCGCAUCGCACUAUUCACCUGGCCCCUUACAUGAAAACGAGACAAAAUUGUUCGAGCGAUCGUUGCCCAAUGGCAUUAGGAAGGCACCCGAAGGUCAAGACAACGAAGGAUACAAGACAGAGGACGCGAUUGACGGUAGGAAAGAGUUGGUAGUGAACCCAAACCCCAUCGCAAUCGCUGAAGGCGGCACCGCUACUUACACGACAGACAAUAAUGGUAAAAUCAAUGUUCAUGUCACCGUCAUGAUUAAUGCAGGGACUUUAGCGGACUUAAAGAAGCAGCGUGCUCAGAUACGAACAAAUGGGAGUCCCGUCGAGAACAGUUUGAGCUCGACCACCAAUCACAGCCUAUGCUCGAUACCCGAAGGAAAGCAAGAGGCGCAAAUACAGAUAAGUCCACCCACAUUAACCCCCGGCACAACCGUCCCGAGGUUUUCAGGCAACACCAGUGACGUCGUAGGCGACACCAAAUCGCAUCGAUGCUGUAUUAUAAUGUAGAAGACCAUUCCCAUCACUGUAUGAAACCAUUCAAUGCGUGCAAGUCUGAUUGUCAUUCCAAAAAGAUUAUUUAUUUUUUCGGACUCAUUUAUGCUAGUUUGGGUUGGACUUUGUUUUGGUUUCGGCAUCGUAUUAUAUGGCAGAUUUUUUUUAAACAGUUGCCUUUUUUAAUUAGGACAGUUGCCUUCAACAAAGCGAUGCUAAAACCACUAAUUAUUUAUAGCAGUUGGAAGGAUUUUGCCAUUUUUGCUAACAAAGCAAGAACUUGCCAGUACGCUAAGUGAUACCAUAAGAGCUCAAUGGUUAUUUUGUACAAGUCCACUUUUUCUUACUUGUCUUAUUAUGACAAUCUUUUCAUUCAAUCUUAGUUAAAAGUAUGUUUUGAAAUUUAAACAAU